AUGUAUGGCUAGUUUAUUUGGCUGUAACUCUGCUAACUACAGGAACAGCUGUCCAGAUGUUUGGAGGAGCUACAGGCAGAGAGAUCCAAAACUGAGGCCCACAUCCAGUCUCUGAAAAAACGCAAAACAGAUCUUUCUAGGAGCACAGAGAUGAUGAAGCAGCAGGUUCGUGAAUGCUUUGACAACAUUAGGGCCAUCCUGAAGCAGGACGAGCAUGCCACCCUCGACUCUCUGGAGCUGGACCUCAAACGGACCAGAACCAAACUGGACCAGGUUCUAAAGAACUGGAAACAACACCAGGACCAGGUUACAAAGAGCAUCAGUAACACCCAGAGAGCACUGAGCAAGCACCCCGGAGCAGAGGAAGGCGGGCAGGGUCACUCUGAAAAUCUGAGUCCUAAGAAGCCAGAUGCGUUUGAAAAGGAAAUCCGGCUGAAUGGAGAGAGAUUUGAGAAGCUUCUUAAAACAUUAUCCUCCAUCUGCAAAAACCUGAAAGCCCAGCUGGAGAGGAAGACUCUACUGUUAGAUUCAUUUCCUGUGGUGAUUGACAGGCACACUUGCCACAGUCAGAUUACAGUGACCUCAGAGGGGCGGGGCAUGUCCUUCUCAGCGCCUGCCCGCCCAGCUCCAGAGCAUCCUCUACAGUUUGACAAAGUGUGCUGUGCUCUGGGCUCGUCUUCUGUCACAGCUGGUCAGAGUUACUGGGAGGUCGACGUACACUGCUGUGAUGCCUGGGCUGUGGGUAUGGCCUAUGGCAGUCUGCAAAGGAAGGGCCGGGACAAGGGUGCCCAACUGGGCCGAAACAGGAAUUCGUGGUGUGUGGAGCUUCGGAACAGCAAUCUGUUGGCUUGGCACAAUGACCGGCAUGUGGUGUGUCUGGGUGUCAGUCAAACUCCGCUCAGAAAAGUGGGAGUGUGGGUGAAUUACGACAAGGGCCAGCUGAUGUUUUACAACGCCGACACCAUGGCUGUCCUGCAGAAAUUCUCAGCAGCCCUGACACCAGUGUUUGACCGGGUUCACCACCAGUUCACUGAGCCGCUGUACCCUGCCAUACGCUUCCUGAGACCACCAGAGAGCCAGAUGUGGCCAAACCACCUGGAGCUAUGUCACCUCAACACCCCUUGAUGCGGUAGUCAUACCCCUGAGACAGUGACUGCGAUUACAUGCACUUCAGUAACCAGGUUACAACUGGCUUUCUUAACCGUCAUGUAAAUGGGAAAUCCAGUUUCCAUAACUAUGGUAUGGGAAUAGGGAAACCUGAUUUCCCCAGGUACAGAAUGCUGAUUUCUCCGCUAUGUACAGUAUAUAUGUAACCAGGUUUCUAAUCAGCUUUGUACAAGAGCGCAUGUGCAAAAGACAAGCUCGAAGGUCGCUGACGAGGUCUUGCUAACAAUAAUGUGUGCAGUCUUCUGCCAUCCAUGUAGAUACCAUCAAGUCAAACACAACUGUACAGUUAAAUGAAGCAUGAUACAAGACAAG